GUUAGGUUCGUUCUGUGACGGCGCGGCCAAGCACCAAGAACUGCAGCAAAGACCCCUGCUCGCGUGCCAGCGGCCGGCACCUUUCCCCCUGGUGAUCUGUUCUUUGUUUAAUCAAAGAAUAUUACGGCAUCUCAGUCCAACUAUACGCCAAUCCUCUCUCGCGUAUCUCUCAUCCUCUUUACGCGAUUGCAACGCCCUCUUCGGAUUCUUCUCAUCCUACAGCUACGUACAACGAGCACCCCUCGAACGACCGAAUUGAAGCUCUCCUCUUAUCCGACCACUCCCGUACACAUACACACAUCCCUCGACCUCGAGCUCGAACGAAGCUAGGAGCAUAUACCCAAGAUGGCGUCAAUGUGGAUGUCCGAUUCUCAAAAAAUUGGAGUAAUAUUUUGCUCCGGAGGAGGUUUCUUCCUCAUCGGCGGAGUCAUGAUGUUCUUUGACCGAGCAAUGCUGGCCAUGGGAAACAUCCUCUUCCUCAUCGGCCUUACAAUCAUCAUCGGACCCCAAAAGACGCUCCUCUUCUUCGCGCGGAAACAAAAGGCAAAGGGCACGGCCGCCUUCUUUGGCGGACUCGCGCUCAUCCUGCUACGCUGGCCCCUGAUCGGCUUCUGCGUCGAGCUGUACGGCAUCAUGGUCCUCUUUGGCGACUUCCUCGGCACGAUUGCCGCCUUUGCGCGGAAUAUCCCCGUCAUUGGGCCGUAUAUCGGGACCGCGGUCGAUCGGUCUGGCGUUGGUCGCCGGAACGCCGAGUUGCCCGUGUAAGUUCCAUCGGAAGGCGGGUGAUGUAUCAACGUAUCAAUGAUUUCGGGGGCCACUGGAAUGACGAUGCUCUUUUGGACGGGAGGGAAUUAAGCGUAUAGACGGAUUGUAUACCAUUACGGUGCAGGUCGGGUCCUGACCUAUGAUUUGAUAAGACUUGUAAUUACACGCGAAUUUGCUUUUCGGUUCAUGGGACAAGGCGAGACCUUGGACUAGAGACGACGGACUCGCUCAGGGAUAAUGAAUGAAUGGGGAGACACUUCAUAAUUAUCUGGCACAAGGAGAACAUAA